CAGCAAGAGACGAAUCUGCUCAGCCUCAUUAACCCAACAUUAGCAGCCAGCCUGGGGAAUACGCAAGUACAAGAUGUUCCACCCGCCGAGGAAACCAGUCCAGGUGAGGAAGAGGAAGAUGAAGAUGAUGAUGUUGAGAUCGCAACGGACUCCGAGGAAGGAGAACUAGACAUCCCGAAGCCGUUGCCCAAAGCCUUGACAGCAGCGCAGAAAAGGAAGAAAGAACGCAAGGCCCGUGUGCUGUCCAAGGAUCGUGGACCUGUUCUCCACACCAUCUCACCAUCUGAUGUUCAACCCUACGAUUCGAAGGUGACCUGGGACCACGACCCUGAGAUAUUGUGCGCCUAUAACUGGUCCAGCGCUGUCGAUGGCAGUAACACCAUUUUCGUCCCUGGCGGUCCCUCGAAAUGGACACCACAAGCAAUCCCCUACAAUGUCCCAGGAGACGCAGGCUUCCACCCCACGGACUACAACUACGUGCGCCAACCGCGUGAUCCUUUUUCAGCCGUCUUCCACGCCAUGACCCUCAUGAAUCCAGACUACGCAUUCAACAACAUCGACAUCCUUGCCGACCGCAACAAUCUGCGCGUACUCCUCGAGUUCGUCCAAGGCAAAACCGUCGGCCCAUUGAGACUAGACUUAUACAUGAUCUUCGGCACGCUCGUCAUCGUCCGCCGCGAAGAUGGAUUCUGGCGCCGCAGCGACGGGAAAAGCUACGGCUUCAACUUCGAAAAGCACUUCACGACCCCCAACCCAGACAUGAUCGACGCAACAUCACACUACCGCGCAAUCACAUAUCGCAUGGGUCCGCUCAACGUCGUGUGCCGCUUCGAAGCCGACGCCUACGUCGAAACCGCGCCCGACACGUUCUCCACAUCUGAAGCCUCAGCCGUCAUCCCUCCUGUACCCACAGAACCUGAUUUGAUGGAACGCCCACGCUUUACCUACCGUGCCCCUUUCCGCGUGCUACAAAAAGGCCAUCUGAUCCCCGGCCACCAAAUCCUCGAGCUAAAAACCCAAGUCGAAAAACCGCGCGAAGAAGGCCAAUCUCUCGUGUCCUGCCAAGACCAGCUCUGGUUCGGGCGCACGACGCACCUCUACACCGGUCGCUACGAGCCCGGGACAGGCAAGAUCCUGUACAUCAAGCAGGAAGAUGCGACGGAGCGUGUGAAGAGGUGGGAGGAGAAGAAUCAGACGGAUCUGCAGAAGCUUGUCGGGUUGUUG